UUGAAAAAUAUGCAAAAGGCCUGUAAAUUUUUAAAAACUUAUACCUUCACGCCACUCAAAGUUAACAUUAAUAAUUAUGCUAUAGAAACAUCUGCUCGGUUUAAUUUGAGAGAUUUCAAGUUGCACAAAUUAGAAAAAGGACCAUCAUUAGAAACAGUUGUUACUAGAGAUGAAGCCCUUAAAUAUUAUUAUGACAUGCAAUAUAUAAGAAGAUUGGAAACCACAUGUGGAAAUUUAUAUAAAGACAAAAAAAUUAGAGGAUUUUGCCAUUUAUAUUCUGGACAAGAAGCAUGUUGCGUGGGCAUAGAAGGGUCCAUAGACAGAGACGAUUCAGUUAUUUCGGCCUAUCGCGUUCACGGAUGGUGCUAUACUCGAGGUGUUCCCGGUUAUAAGAUUCUAGCCGAACUUAUGGGCAAAGCCAAUGGCAUAUCUCAGGGAAAAGGCGGCUCUAUGCACAUGUACAAUUACAAUUUUUAUGGCGGUAACGGAAUAGUAGGAGCCCAGGUUCCUUUAGGAGCCGGCAUCGCCUUAGCCCACAAGUAUUUAGAAAGAAACAAGGUGUGCGUUACUCUAUACGGAGACGGGGCCGCCAAUCAAGGUCAAAUAUACGAGGCAUUUAACAUAGCCAAGCUUUGGAGCUUGCCCUGCAUAUUCGUGUGCGAAAAUAAUGGAUUUGGCAUGGGCACGAGCGUUGAACGGGCCUCUGCCAGCACUGAUUAUUACACCAGAGGCGAUUAUAUUCCUGGAAUUUGGGCCGAUGGCAUGGACGUUAUAGCUGUCAGAGAAGCCACGCGAUUCGCCAAGCAACAUUGUUUGAGUGGGGCCGGGCCGAUUGUCAUGGAGGUGGCAACUUAUCGGUAUCACGGCCAUAGUAUGAGUGACCCAGGAACAAGCUACCGAACGAGAGACGAAAUUCAAGAAGUCAGACAAACAAGAGAUCCCAUAACCUCUUUCAAAGAUAAAAUCUUAUCAAGCAAUCUAGUCACGGUUGAAGAGUUAAAAAAAAUUGAUACCGACAUUAAGAAAGAAAUAGAGAAAGACACGAAUAAAGCUAUGGCCGACCCAGAACCCCCUUUGAAAGAGUUGUAUACCGAUGUUUAUUAUGAUAUCCCUGAAUACAGUGUCAGAGGGGUAACACCCUGGGAAACUGUUAUAGUCCAUCCCAAAAGAAUUAACGCUACCCCGCAAUCUGCUUGAAUUUUCUAAUUUCUACCUAUGUCAAUGAUUACUUGAAACAACUACUAUAUUUUAUUUUGUGCCAUAGUAUAAUAGUAUUAUGUAAUGUUUUAUAGUAUUCAUAUACUUAAUUGAGAGACACAGUCGGGUAUAUUUUGUUAUUAAAUAAU